AUGUCUGCAAAGAGCGAAGAAAAGAGUGUUACUUCUGUGAGUGACAUCACUGCCUCCGAACAGGAAUCGGGGAUAAGAUACGCUGCAUAUGCAAACCGACUCAAAACCAUCCUAAAAGCAGCAAGAAGAUACCGAUAUGUGGCAUAUAGUUCUGAUAUUGGAGAAUCAUUUCGUCCAGUUGCUCAUCCAUACUUGGUAAAACUGGGGUAUGUCAUAUCUUGGCUAUACUUUAUUGGUGAUAUUUCCUAUGCUGCAUGGUUAACAAAACGUAAGUCGGAAGGUACAUUCACUCCAGGGUUAAGACCCUGGGACACCGUGCCCAAUGUUGAUGUACAAUCAUCACAGGAGUUUGUAUCUAGCCAUAGCUUGGUUGAUUCAGAUUGGAGAUUGAGUGCGUUAAAGAGAGGCGUAUUUCAGGGUAUUGCAUCCAUGGCAAUUCCGGCAUUGACUAUUCACAAUAUAGUCCAUUAUUCCGACUCUUUAUUCAAAAAAUCUGGCAUUACUGUACUACAAAAGUAUGGUGCUGUUCUUAUUGGAUUAGGAACAAUUCCCAUCCUUCCUCGUGUUAUAGAUGAGCCUGUUGAACAGGCUGUUGAUUGGUUAUUCUACAAAGGAGAACAGUUAUACAUCAAGAAAACGAAACUAGAAUAG